CGGUGCUGUUGUUCGACCUUGCGCUUCUGCGUUUACGGUCUCAGCACGCUAUUCUUGUGUAUAUGGGCCCUUGCCGUCCACGCUACACGAUUUCCGGCUAGUUGCCGAGCCUUGCCAGUGGAGGGCGUGGCGUUGGUGGCAUUUUCGUCGCGGAGAGGCGGGCUUUCCAUUGAGUGGACGGGCGCCGUUCUAUCCGCUACUUUCCGCACUAGUGUCACGCUUUCCCUGGCCUGACUGCGUAAAGGCACGAACAAUUCUGUAUCAGCCAGUUGUCCGCGGCCAUGGCCGCCAACAUACCGCAGAUGGUCUCCAACGGCCAGAUAAUGAUGCUGCAGCAGCAGCAGCAACAACAACAACAACAGCAGCAGCAGCAGGGUGGGCCGGGCAAACAACUGAACCAUCUUGUUUACAGCCAUCUGAUGCAGAGCAUGAGCAUGGCACCUAUGAACUCAUGGCAGAGCGGCGUCAGCAUCAGCGAUCGUUUCGGGAGAGCCCUUAAUCUGGUAUCAAGCACGAUCUUAGCAUACCCCAACAUGGACUGGCAGAAGCUCUUCCAGUCUGCGAUGGAUACUGAGAAGAAGGCAUUUAUGCAGUCACCAGAUAAGCAAUCCUAUGACCACGCUAUCCAGCGUAAAGUUGGGGAAUUGCACAAGCGGAGGCAAGGCCACGUUCCUGAUCUUCAAAAUCAGCUCAGCAACGAAGCCGCGAGACAAGCCCAGUUAGCUGCCCAACAGCAGCGGCAACAGAUGUUACUGAACCAGAUGGCCGCGAGAGGCGCAAUGGGACAGCCCGCCCAACAUGGGUUUCAGCCCAUGCCGAACCAAAUGCAGGUUUCUGGCAUUCCGCAGCAACCACCACCGAUGGGGAUGGCCGGUCCAGGCAUGCUCCAGAACAGACUCGAUCAGCGCCAAUUCCCGAUGCAGGUGGCACAGCAACCGCGGCAGCCAGCCACCUUCCAGCUCGACCCCCUGAGAGGGUUGGGUGAGCAAGAUAGGACCGCGGUCAACGACCUCGCCUUGCAGUUCAUGGAUCGGGCGAACGAAGCCACUAAGAAUCAGGUUCGGCAGCUGAUGCAGCAGAAGUGGAAUCAGGCCCAACUCCAGGAAUGCGCUGCCAAGGGUAUCAACCCUGUCUUUGUCUUUUAUCAACACCACGCGCUCCAGCAGCUGCAGCAAGCUAGGGCGGCGCAGUCGCGAAACCUGAUGCAGCACCGACCAGGCAUUCCAUUGAACAUGAUGCCGCAAGGAGCGCACCAGGGCCAGAUGAAUCCCGCUCUUAUUGGCACCCUCCCUCAGCAAGCGGCCAUGGCUGAUGGCAAGGCGUUUGCCCCGAACAUAGAGAGCAUCCGUGCCGACCAUCAGAUGGGCCUACGCGCGCAGCAAGCCGGGCAGAUGGUUGUCCCCGCUAGCACCGCUCCUGGUCGGAAUCCAACUGCGAGUCCCAUGGUGGGCGUUCCGCCACACCCUACGCCGGGUAGCCAAGGGCUGAACCAGACACCGCGGUCCGCUCAAGUACAGCAGACCUUCGGCGUCCCGCAAGUCAAUAUCGACCCUACUACGGCGGCCCAGGUCCAGGCACAGCCGGGAGUCCAGGCGGUUCCUCGCCGGCCCAUGCAAGGCCAGCCUGCGGCCAUAGUGACGCCGACCCCCCCCGCACAGCCUUCGCAGAGUCCGGCAAUGAACACGCUCAACGCGCCGAUGCGGCAGCCCCCCGUGCCUAUGGGCCAAGCCAACGGGCAGCCAAUGAACGUGGGCAAUCCGCCAAUGGCGACAACUUUAAACCCGCAGUUCAACCAUGUGAACAACACGAGGCCGCCGUCGCUCCAAGGCAACAUGAAUAAUGCGGCUAUGGCAGGAAUGGUGCCAAACGUCAACCCCGAAGCUCGAGCUGCCAUGGGCGGGGUGCCAGAGAAUGCGGCAAUGAGGGAGUUUUACGCAAAACUGCAAGAAAACCAACGCGCGACAGCCAGCGGUUUCCAGGGCCCCCAGAUUGGACUGACUCCUGGAGUCCGCGGCCAGCUCCAGCCGAAUCAAUUGAGCGGCCAGAAUCAGGCUGCCGUGGUUAACCCGAUUCAGAACGGCAACGGCGCGAUGAAAUCCGCGGCACAGCCGGGGGUACUGCAGAACCAGCAACUAGCCGCAGAAAGGGGGCAGCUCAUGCAAAUUUUUGCCACCCCAGAGGCUCGGGCAGCGAUGAACAACAUGGACAUUCCUCCUCAGGUGCUUCUCAGGGUGAAUUUACCAGCCGAAAUACGAAAAUGGGGCCAACUUAGACAGUUACUUCAAACUAACCCCGCCGCCGUCCCUGCCAAUUUGCACACCAUGCUCAACAACAUUCAGGUAAUGCAGUUCAAGUCGGUACUGGAAAAGAGACGGACGCCCAUACCCUCGGCUGCCACACCUCAGCCGCAGAACGGGCCCGGGGCCCAGCAGCCGAGUUUCCAGCCACAAGUAUUACCCCCCGGGCACUCUUAUCCGCCUAAUAUCUCCCACGUCACGCCCGAAGACCUUGAUUCCGCCCGCAAGAAGAACUUGCGUUUCCAGGGCAUGCCAGACGAGAUCCUGAUUGAGUUUUUGAGAAUGGCAAGGCAGGAAGGGUAUGCGAGAAAGGCCUGGGAGCAGUUCCAGCAAACCCAGCAAGCCAGGGCCAACGUCAAUUCGAUUGUUGGGAUCCCGACAGCUGGCGUGCCGGUGCCUCCAACUCCAAACAACCAAUUGGGCGUGGUCACUCCUGCACCGCAUCCGAGUGCGCCACAGGGCGCCCAGCAACAGGCCGCUCAACCGAAGCCUACGGGACCUUCGGGAGCGGAAGCGGCGCCUGCUCCCGCCUUGGGGAGGUUCAAGGCUGCUCGGCCGCCCCUAAACCCUUCGCCUGCGUCGAUACCGAAGAGUCUGAAACGACCGAGCCCAGGUGACACGAACGACGUGCCUGCCAAGACGAGCAAUGCUGCUCAACGGUCUGCUCCUCAGCCAGAGGCCCGGACUGUUGCCACGGGCCCAAGGCCGACCUUGGAACAGAUCAUGAAGGCUUCGCCAGGACAGCUCGACAAGAUCACGCCGGAGCAGAUGGCAAGCCUGACGCCAGAACUAAGAGCCGCUGUAAUGCGUAACCGAAGCGGCGGGAACCCGAUUGAAGAUGAAACAAUCACUCGACUGAAGCGGCUUGCGAACGAGGGUUCCUCGCAGGGGGUCCAGGAGAGCCAAAGGGAAGCUCAGAUUCCCAGGGCGCCCGCAGAUGUGCAAGAGGCUCGCCACAAGCUCGUCAAGGUUGCCGAGCGAAUACUGCAGCUCCGUGGCCCAGCCGUUGCAACGUGGUACCGUGUCACCAAGGAUGACUCGCGGGCGAGGAUGUUCUUCAAGACACGGAGCAAGGUGGUUCAGCAGUUCCACGACGCCGACAAACUGACGAGAAUGCGGGACGCGGUGACCAUAUCCAAGGAGGAGCUGGAUCAGUUCCUAAACAUGCUCGACAGCAUCCAGCAGGACCUCAUCGCCACGCGGCCGAGAGUAGGGGGUCAGGAGUCGGCCGCUGGCGGAAGCCAGGUCCCGCAGUCAUCGCCUUUGAGCGCCGCGAACCUUGAGAAGCAGACUGAGGCCCUCAGGCAGGCGCAGAACCGGGCAACUACCAAGCCUGCGCAGGCUCCGGCGGCGCCAACGACCACCCAGCCGCCGUUCCCGUUUGGCAAAAAAUCGCCCGCCGGGAAUCCCGAGUAUUUCGGCGAGUCUCGUAUCACGCAGGCAAACCUGGCCAUUCCCCCUGCCCGAAAGAAGGCCAAGAUCGGGACCGGCAAGGUAUCCCCUACUGCUCCCCCUCCUGCUUCCCAGCAACAGGCUGCCACUUCGUCAUCGCCGCAGGUCGACGUGCAGUCGCCCGUGGCCUCCAGGAAACCAGCGCCGCCCAAACUCACGUGCUUGGAGCCCGGAUGCGAGAUGGGCUCAAUCGGAUUCCCGACGGAGGAAGCGCUCAAUGCUCAUCGUCAGGAGGAGCACAUCAAACCGUAUGAAAAUUCAUACGGUUUCCUGCGAGAGCAUAUGGGAGCUGCCUUAGGUCUAGAUGCCCAAGGCAAAUCGAUUGCACCUCCCAGCAAAGAGGGCGUCCCUGCCCCGGCGGCGCGACCCAUGAGCGUCACUCUUUCCAAACAAGGCCAGCAGCCGGGGCCGCAACUCAUGUCUCGGACAACGUCGAUGCAACGGAACGGCAGCGCGGCAGGCACCAACACCACCAAGUCAGGCGAAAGCGCCGGUACCCCCGGCUGGCAGAUGACGACACCUGAAAACAACAUCAACAGCAAGCAGGGGGCGGCGGGAACUACGCAGCAGGCUCUGCCACCUGGUGGUGCGGAGGACGUGUGGGCCAACUCGACGGUCGACCCCCAGGACCUGUUCGCCGGGCUCGAGCAGUCGCUCGAGGCCGUCACGGGAAGCUUCGUAGCGGAUUUUGGCACGUACCGGUCGCGGACGCCCAGUAACGAUGACGACACGCCCGACUCGUCGGCGAGCAAGGAGAGCGGCGUGUCGGAGUCAUCCAACAAUAGCGACAUCGCCGAGACGGCAGGACUGGAUAUUGACCUCCAGUGGCAGCCGAUCGACAGCGACCUGCUGUGGGACAUGAACAAUAUCAGUGUCGAGCACUUUGGGUCGCCUUCGGCCGACGUGGAUAUGUUUGCGGGCGAGGGGCUGUUUGAUUUUCAGGCUGAUCAGCUCAGGGAGAAUGGGGACCUGGGGAAGCCGUUCAAGGUGGAUCAGUCGCUUUAUGCCAGUCUCUGAGGGAAGCUGGAAGGAGAAAAACAGAGGGUCUUAAUGGCUCGAUUUGGGGUCUUGGAUCGUGUGUGAUCCUUUCUGCCUUUUGGUCUGAACGGGGGAGGAUAGAUUGGGGAUGAUGAGAACACGAGAGCUUGCAACAGAACGAAACGCGGUGCAUUCUUAGGGAGAGGAGGGUUGGCGUUUG